UCAGUAUCCCGCAGUCUAUCGGAUGGAGGUGCCGCCGGAUUCCGCCUCUCACCCGCUGGACGCCCGUACACCCGCCGCCAGGCCCCAUCCACCGGCGCUGUGACCGCCCCCCUUGUCUGCCCGGGGCUGGGGGCUCCUAUCUGUCGCCAUCGCCUUGUGGAUCCCGCUGCACCUUGCACUAGCCUGGAUUACUACUGCCCUGCUGCAAACACGAUGGGCCCCCAGGACAGGUGAGGGCCCCUGGCACAGACACCCUUCUCUUUGCAUUGAGACGAGGGGGUUGCAUCUGCUGAGGAGCUACUGUUUAUUACCGAACAUGGAGUAUGAUGCAGAGGAGCAACUGCUGAGGACAUGAUGUGCUGAGCCCAAGACACCAAGCUACUGAUGAAGAUGGAGGGGGACCCUCAAGUGACUGCCUGGGGUGUCAUGAGGGGGCAAGCUCUGGACCUCAUUGCCCCCCAGCAGGUAGUGGGGGGCUUGUUUCUCAUGAACGCGGAGGAGAAGGCUUGCAUUGCACUAGAAAUCCUGGAGGAGCAGGGUGAGCUCAUGUCUGUUCCCCACCCUCUCCUGUCCCAACAUGAGGGGGCAGGAGAGGGGCAGCCGCUGGGGGCAGGGCGCUGCCAGCCUCGCCGUGCUACCGCUGAGCCAUGGACAGGGGAGGAGGAUGGUAGACUCACUCUUUACACUUUGAAUUUAGCACCCCCAGACCCUGCACAGAACACCCCUAUUUAUAAACCCCCCACAGAUGACCAGAUGCCACCGCUGAUCAUUGUGCCACCUGAAAAUGCCCACCUGCCCCCUUGCCCGCCUCCCUUCAGCCAAGAAUCUGAGCAGAAUCUUGAAGUGACAGAUCCCCCGACGGCUGAUUACAUCCUAGGUGUCCACUCCUCGCUCUCCCCUGAUAGCAAAUCUGACCGAGACGCCUGCAAUGACUCGCUGGUAUCUGCCUUAGGUUCUCAUCAGGUUCCUCUGCCCGUCAAGAGUUUGUCCUCCGAUCUGGAGCAGAGGCUGCAGAUCACAAGCGACGUGCACCAAGGUAGCGCGGUCGCAAAUGACCAAAUUGACCCCCUGGAGUCAUGUCUACCUCUUAAAACUGACCAGCCCUGUUUUGUUGACCUUGACGUAGGACUGUUGCCCCACUUAAGCACCAACCAUUCCCUACCCCAGUUAGAACCCAGUUUGGAACAAUUGCCCCACUCUGAAACGUUGGUGGACAGGCAGGAGACUGAAAAUUUAACCAUUGACCAAGAUACCCCACCAGAGUCGCCCCAGGGUGACCUCCAUUUAGUCCCUGUCCGGUUACCCGAGUCUGAGUCCAAUGUGGAACCCUACCCUAAACAGUUGCGCUUGACUGACUCUUUUUUAGACACCCAAAUAAUUCCCAAUCAUUCCCUGCCCCAGUUAGAAGCCAGUUUGGAACAAUUGUCCGCCUCUGAAACGUUGGUGGACAUGCAGGAGACUGAAAAUUUUACCACUGACCAAAAUUCCCCACCAGAGUCGCCACAGCAUGACCCCCAUCUGGUCGUUCAGUUACUUGAGUCUGAAUCCGUUGUGGAACCCUACCCUAAACAGUUUCCCCUGACUGAAUCUUUUGUAGACACUCAAAUAAAUUCAUGUUUGGUUCCUGACCCUGAUUUGGCCCAGCCUGAAUCAGUUUUGGACCCUGAACAUUUGCCUCAGCAUGAAUCAAAUUUGGACCCUGACCCUGAACAGUUGCCUUCACCUAAGUCCACUGUGGACAAUGAAGAGCUAUCUCAUCCUGACCCUGAUAAAAUGCCCCAGUCUGAGUCCCAAUUUGACCUAGAUCCUGAACAAUUGUCCCUCCCUGUGGUCAACAAAGAGUUGUCCCAGUCCAUAUCCCAUUUAGACUGUGGAACUGAGAAGGUGGCACAGUCUGAACCUUAUUUUGACCCUGCGACUGACCAUUUUCCUCAGUCUAAAACAGAGUCCUGCUUGACCCCUGACCAUGACCUCCCUCGUCCUUCUGAGUCCUCUCUCAACCUCUGUGUAGACACAGUGGAGUCUGAAUUGUUGCCUUCACCUGAAAUAUCUGUGACCCCUGACCUGUUACCCCACUCUGUAUCCUGUUUGGACGCUAGCACUGACUUGUUGCCCCUCUAUGACCAACUUUACAAUAGUGAGACCUUAACAUAUUCCCAACCCCUUCGAGACUGUGAGUCAGACCUAUUAGAAUAUUUUUGCCCAGAGAUAACGCAGUCUAGUUUAGAAACCAGUGAAUUUUUGGAACUUGAUUUGGACCUUUCCGUUGACCAUUCACAUCACAGUUUAGACUCUGACAUUGAAACUUUCAAUCUGGCUGAAUCCUUCAUGGCCCAUGAUACAGAGCAGUCUGUAGUGUCCUCUUUGGUCCUCACCACUGACCAGUUAACCCAACCCAAAUUGUUUCUGGACUCUAACUUACCUGACUUAAACCCUGGACAUCUACAGCAGGACUUACCCCAUCCUGAGUCCGACAAGGUUCCCAGUAGAGACCCGUUGCCCCACUCUGAAUUAUCUCUGGACCUGUUGGAUCAUGAUCCGGACCAGUUGCCUUGGUUUGAAGUCUCUAUGAGCUCCAAUAUUGCCCCUUUGCCUUUCUCCAUGCACAGUUUGAAUGAGGGUGAGUCAUCAAUGGCUUAUGAGGCCGAUGAAUUGUCCCUUUGUGACCCUUUUCUGGCCCCAAACCAUUCAGAGUUUUUAAAAUCUGCAACCUGCAUUACUGACCGCUUGACUUUAGGUAAUACGUAUUUGGAGCCAGAUGAUGGACAGUCAUCUACAUGUGAAUCUUUUUCUGACGUGGUCCAUAAAACACUGCCUGGUCCUCUCAUGGUUCCCCAAUUGGAGAACUUACACCAGUCUGAAGACUCUUUGAUGCCUGACAGUGAACAUUUGCACCAAUCGGAUUCUAUUUUGGACCUUAAGACCAGCCGAUUGACUGAAUCCUGCUUGGACAAGUUGCCUAAAGCUGAAAAUUCUUUGGACUCUGACCAUGUAACUAUACCUGCACCUUCUGAGACUCUUGACAUUGAGCAGUUGCGAGGACUUGAUUCUAAUUUGGCUGAUAGUGUAGACCUGUUGCAGCUACAUGUUUCCUCUAUGGUCCCUGUUUCUGACCAGUUGCUACUGGUCAACUCCUAUAUGGAAUUGGAUGGUGGCCCUAACUUUGAGUCUUGUUUGCCUAUGGAUGAUGACUUGUUCUUUCUGUCUGAAACUUUUUUGGCUCAUGAUGUCGACCAGAUUCCUGUACUUGAUCAAUCUAGGUCUCAAGAAACUGACCAGUUACCUUCUUCUGACCCAUGUUUGAAGCCAGAUGAUGACCAGACUCUGACUUUAAGGCCUCUUGUUUAUGUCCGAUUGCCCCAGCUUGAAACUUGUAUGAGCCCAGAUAAUGACCAGUUGCCCAUGUCUGAAUGCCCGUUGAGUCCCUGUAAUGACGAGUUAUCCCAGGUUGAAUCGUAUUCAGGCCCUAAUACUAAUCAGUUGAUCAAGACCGAAUAUUGUAUGCAGUCUGAAAAUAUUAGUGACCAGCUUGCUCAAUCUGAACCCAGUUUGGGCACUGAUGAUGACCAAUCAACUCUGUUGGAACCCUGUUUGAACCCUAAUAUUGACCAGUUACCCCAAAUGGAAUCCCGUUUGUGCCAAGAAAAUGAACAGUUACCCCAGUUUGAAUGCAAUUUGGAUCCCGAUCAUGAUAAUUUGUCCCAAUCUGGUAAUUGUUUGAGCUCUGAUAGUGGGCAAUUAUCACAUUGUGAGUCCUCAUUGUAUCACAGUAGCGACCAGUUGGCCCAGACCGAACCUCAUUUAGUCCUCAGUGGUGAUCUUUUGCCUGAGCUUGGAACCCAUUUAGGCCUUAAGAGUGAAGAAGUGUCCUGGUUUGAAUCUGAGCACCCAUUUUCCCAUGAGUCCGACUGCCAUCAAGUCUCUGACUCUACUCAACCAAAUGUUUUUGAAUCGACCAGUAGCCCCAACCAGAUCCAUCUAGUUGCUUCUUCCCAUGCCUUGUUUGAAUCCCCUCUUUCUGUAGAAGCUGACCAACUGUCUUUGUCCGAAUCCUUUGUGACCCCAAAUUUAGAUAAGUUACCCUUGGCUGAGUCUACUGUGGUUCCCAACACUAGAGAAAUGCCCUUGGAGUUGUUAGAAUCCUCUGUGCCACCUACUGCAACACAAUUACUGCUGCUCAAACCUAAUUCACAUAGCACCAUGCAUUUGCCCCUGUUUGACCAGUUAACUAUUUCUGAACCCACUGAGCCACCCACAACACCCCAUUUUUAUCCAUCAGAAACCCCUGGAACCCUCCCCACCACCAAUGUGCCCUUGUGUGAUUCCUCCUUAACACUGAACACACCGUCUAACACAAAUUUGUCCAGUAUAACUCCAGAGGAAUUCCAGUCUCCUUGGGACUGGACAUUAAAUUUGCACCCAAUGGACUUAUCGGAAGUGAGCCUUAACGGUGAGCUUCCACAAAACUCUGCCAAGCAAUAUGAUGAACCUGGGGACAGCUUUUCAAUAUUUUGCUUAGACACCCCUCCAGACUCUACCGAUGUGACACCCAACCUUUCCCUAUCAGAGGACCUACUGUCCCUUUGUGAUGUUUUUUCAAAUUUACAAACUAAUGAUAUAAUACACUCACAAAGUGACCAGUCCACCACUAAUGGUCUGACAGACUAUCCUGCUGAAGGCGACCAAUGUUUUAAUACCACUUUUCAAAAAGACCUUGAAUCAAGUACAACUUUCAAAUCCUGUAGCCUUCAUAGUGCAAACCCUGCCCUCGACCAUGGCUUCCUCAAUUCCGAGAGUGACCAGUCAGACUUUUAUUUCUUGGAUUUAUUGUUUGAGCCCUCCAGUGUGUCCCAAGAACCUGAAAGUUUGGCCAGUGAGACACUUCUGCAACCCAACCCAAGGACAUAUACAGAAGGUGUGGUGGUCUCCACCAGUUCAUCUGAUCCAUCAUGGUUGUGCUCCGAAUCACAAAUUUGCUGGAAUGGGUUAUCCUUUGUGGAAAAAUCCCUUACUAGCAACAGUUUGGACGACUCCUUGUUGUCUCAGUCAGAGUCUACCUUUAUCUCAAGCCGGUUUGGUCAGUCUAGCUCAAAGCCAGUCAUUGACCUGGAUUCCUUAAGUUUAGAGUCGCCCAGUGAAAGUACACAGCUACCUGUGAUUGUUGUAACAGAUCCUUUUGAGUUUUUGAGUAGCUCGGAUGACCACACGGAUAACAUUUUGUCUUCAAAUGCUUUACUGUUGGACAUGUCUACAUCAACCAAGCUUGAAGUGGAUGGUGAUCUUCAGGUUGUGGAGGUGCCAUCACUUGAGAUAGCACCAGAACUGAAGAAGGACAGGUCUGAAGUUUCAGAUUGUCUGGACUCCUCUGAAUUGUCCUUGUGUGAUGGACCUCCUCGGUCAAAUCAACCUCAGUCAGAUUGUGUUCUUGGGACUAUUUUGCCCUCAUUUAUGUCCACUGGGGAGCUGCCGGGUUCACCAUUUGAAGGUAUCAAGCGGAGAUCACGUGACUCCCAGGAUUCAGCCUCUGUCCUCUUGGCGUUUGGGGAGGGUGAUCCCUUUUUGGCAUUUUCUCUGGACAAUGACUCUCCUUGUGCUGGGGACGAGCUGGCCCGUCUUCGAGCAGUAUUUGAUGCCCUGGAUAGAGAUAAAGAUGGAUUUGUGAAAAUGGAGGACUUUGUUCAGUUUGCCACCGUUUAUGGGGCCGAGCAGGUAAAAUAUCUUACUGGGUACCUGGAUCCAGCUGGCCUGGGGGUUAUAAAUUUCCGUGAUUUCUAUCGGGGCAUCUCCGAAAUCCAGAAUGAAGAUUUAGACAUGCAGCUGUACGACAUGGGAUACCCAUCUGAGGAGGAACCAGCCUGCUCUGUCGAUUUUGAUGAUCUGGCGGCAUUUGAGGUUACGGAGGUGACGGACAGCGCCUAUGUGGGUUCGGAGAGCGCCUAUAGUGAGUGCGAGACCUUCACAGAUGAAGAUACUGGAGGGCUAGCUGCGCAGGAAGACCCUGAGACUGAAGGAGAUGGGGCAGGCUCUCGUGGACAUGCACCAGCAACACCUGAAGGAUUGGAGCUGUCCCUCUGUGAUAUCUCGGGGGUCACGGUCACUGGGCAGGAGGAACAGUUUGAAGAUUUUGGCGAAGGAGCAGAGCCAGACCUGUUCAACAGCCACUGCGAGGAAGAGCAGGAGAGCUUCACCCAGAUGACAAACACCUCCCCGCGUCUCACCUCCAGUGGUGCACCCGUGUCAGAGCGCCAACUUUUGGCACCACCACCUUGCUCAGGCCUGGGGGGGCUGUACUGCAGCCAGUGCCACAAACAUAUCAACCGUCUGGAAGAUCUGUCCACCCGUCUCCGCUACCUUGAGAUGGACAGCCCGGACAAGAGGACGUCGAGCAGAAAGGAGGCCCGGAGGCUUCAUCACAGUGGAUUCCUAGAAGAUCAGGGAGAGCAGCCGCUCACCAACAUGGCGUUCGAUGACACCGAUCUGACAGACAAGGUCCUCUACCUGGAACAGCGGGUGAGCGAACUCGAGAGAGACGCCGCCAUGACGGCGGAACAGCAAAACCGCCUCAGACAGGAGAACCUGCAGCUGUUACACAGAGCCCACGCUCUUGAGGAGCAGCUGAAAGAUCAGGAAUUACUAUCGGAUGAGGUGCAGAGCGAGGAGACGCGGAAACACAGGGACGAGCUUCGAAAGAUGGACCGCGACCGAGGCUUUCAGAUGAGCAGUUUAAAGGCCAGGGUUCAAGAACUGGAGAGUGAGAACACAGAGCUCCUCUCCCAGCUGCCCAGUGCAAGGGCCACCACACAGAGACUGGAAGAGGAGAAAUAUAAACUGUUGGAUGAAGUGGAAGAAGUGCAGCGUCAGCUUAAGGAUCACCAGGAGCAGAACAAGAAGCUGGGAGGGAAGCUGAGCAACGAGAUGCAUAAACAACAGCUCGAGAAGGAGCGCUGCCAAGAGGUAAUAGAGGAGCUCCGGCGGGAACUAGAGCAGACACAGCUAUUGCGCCUCGAAAUGGAACAGCGAAUGGGACUGGGAAACAGCGCCGCCCUGCAGGAGUACAACAGCCGCACAAGGGAGGCUGAGCUGGAGCAUGAAGUCCGGAGGCUCAAACAGGAGCAACGGCUUCUCAAGGAACAGAAUGAAGAACUGAACGGCCAGAUCAUUAACCUCAGCAUCCAGGGAGCCAAGAACCUGUUCUCCACCACGUUCUCCGACUCGCUGGCCGCUGAAAUCAGCAGUGUUUCUAGAGACGAGCUGAUGGAGGCCAUUCAGAAGCAGGAGGAAAUCAACCUUAGAUUACAGGAUUAUAUUGACCGGAUCAUCGUGGCAAUUAUGGAGACCAACCCAGCCAUAUUGGAAGUGAAGGGGGAAUGCUGGUCUAUGAUCUCCCCGUGUGCUGCUGGAGGCUGCGCCCAAUUUAUGACACUUGCUCACGUCUCAUCAUAAGGAUACAUUAACCCCCACAGGUCAGUCCACAAGUAGAAGCCGCCCUGCCCGUGAUCCAGAAAGCAGAGGAGGAGGCAGGUACGACCUUGACCGCCGGGCACUCGGGCCGAUCAGCUCUGGCGUGCGAACCUCCCCGGGCUUCCAUGGCAAAAGCUGUCUUGCGUCAGAAAGUCGUCUGGUCUUACACUUGUGUCUUAACGGAAUGCACAAAGAGACUGUGGGACUGAGCGGCGCACGGGCCGGACAUCAUCAUGGGCCGAACCUGCUACAUCUCGAAUUCUCCUUCACCUCGAAGACCCCGCUCACACAUCACCUUAAGACAAUGCACAGCUGUCCACUAUUGUGGGCCUGUGAGAUGGCCAGCGUGGAUUCCUGGACCAUGGACUUGAAGGCGGUUGUUUGAGUAAAUGUGUAUAUAGCGUUGCCUCCAUGCACAGAUGUAUAUAGGCGUCGUAUAGGUGCACAUGGGAUCUGUAUGUAAAAUCGGCAUUGGGGGAGGGGGGGCGUCGAACAGUAAUAAUGUCAAUAAUUGGACGGGUUUCUUAUUCAUUUUAACACGCGGAGUAAAGAAAGUUGCAGCUCCCUGGUCCCCUACCCCAGCAUGCACUCCCAGCAAAAGGAGUGCAUUCUGGAAUAAUGGCCUGCUCUAUUUGACUACACCAGAACUGCCCCCUCCCCCCCAGUAUGCAUAUUAUUUGCACAAAAUCCAUGUCAUUCCAACAGGUACAUGCAUAUAGGGCCGUGUACCAAAUCACGCAGGCUGCUACUGUGAACCCCCACUAUUUGACUUCAUGGUGCUGCAUCUGACGCCUGACCAGCCUGGGGGGGGGGAAUAUAAAUGACUCCUAACGAGCUUGUGCGGCUUAUUAUCUCGCUUUCUCCUUUUUUUUUUUUUUUUAUAUGCAGACAAAUCACAUUUUUAGACACUUUUUUUGAAGAAAGUUUCUAUAUGUGUAUGUACAUAAGUAGAUAGAAAAAUUCUAUAUAUAUAUAUAUAUAGAGAGAGAGAGAGAGCUGUAAAUAUACAGGUAUAUGGACGGGAUCCUCCGGGAUGACGCUUUUCCUGUCGAGACACUGGAUAUGAACAUGUCGUGGCCAAGGGCAUAGCAAUACAAUCCCCGCGCAGAUUAGUUUUGUUUUAUUCCGCUCCGUGGCGGUGAUGCGGUUAAACUAUCGAGUAAGAGAAAAGUCCUACAAAAAGGGUCUCCGGUACGGCGGCCAUUUUGUUGAAGACCAAUUCAUGCCAUGAAUUACAAAGAGACGACGGUUAGGGAGCUAUAGGAUAGUCCUGCUGUUGCUGAAUUAAGAGGGGAGGGUGGAGGGGUUUCAGUAAAUGUUAGGACUACUCCGCCUACCUUUUAGGACUCUGCCUACAUUUAGUGGUCAGUACCCCUCUACCCUUUUUUUUUUAUUCUUAUGGUCACAUUUUAGGUGCACAUUGAGUUGCAGUUCUGUCACGUAGGCUUUCAUGCAAAAGAAUACAUAUAAGGAUGAGGGUUUCCACAGCAUACUUAUUAAGGGGGCCCUCUUUUUGGUGCUAGUUCACCCCACAGCGCUUUACUCCCCCCCCUCCUGACACUAGAGGGCGCUGCUGCUUUUGUCUUCACCACCACUGGUUGUUAACGUUGGUUUGCUUAUGGAGACGCACUACAUACAAGGAAUCGAUACUGACCCACUGACUGUACAGCUGCCACCCCCUCUCCGGGGUUGUCAUGAUGAAUGCUCCCCCCCGUCCCCCAUUAAAUCCACUCCCUAUUACCAGAUCUAUUUAAAAAAAAUAUCCGCUCCAAGUACCCGGAGGAAAUCGCAUCCGUUCAUCUAGAAAU